AUGUCGGCACCAAACGACGCAACCUCAUCAGCGCCAGCUGCAGCUCCCAUUGCUACGCCUGUUUCCCAACCUGGGAGUGGAGACAUCCAAGUUGCCGAUGAGCCGCAAAUCGCCAUCGAUCCCCAGGCCCAGGAUGUUGACGACGCGGCGUCAGACAUUGGCAGCAGCGUUGCCUCUUCGAAGACCAGCCUGGCAGAAUCGAUUUACAACUUUCGCGUCGAGAACGGCCGCACCUACCAUAGGUACAAAGACGGAAAAUACUUCUACCCGAACGACGAAAAAGAAAGCGACAGAUUAGAUCUGCAGCAUCACCUGUUUCUUCUUUCUUUGGAAGGCAAGCUCGGUCUCUCGCCUCCAAAUGAAGAGGAUUACAAGGUCAAACGCGUCCUUGAUGUGGGCACCGGAACCGGGAUCUGGGCCAUCGAGUUUGGCGACAUUCACCCGGAAGCAGAGAUUAUUGGAGUGGAUCUAUCUCCUCCGCAGGCAGAGGUGCCCCCUAACGUUCGAUUUGAGGUCGAUGAUAUCGAGGAGCCUUGGUUGUUCUCUCGGCCAUUCGACUACAUUCACAGCCGAAUGAUGACAUCCAGCAUUUCGAACUGGAAACAAUUUGUUCAAAGAGCUUAUGACAAUCUUACGCCAGGAGGAUACCUUGAGCUCCAGGAGAUAGACCUUCUGCCUCAGUCAGACGAUGGCACCUUGGGUUCGGAUGCUGCUAUUGUCCGGAGCAGCGUGCUACUCGGACAAGCUGCUACCUUGCUUAACCGGUCUUUCCAGGAUAUUCCGGAUCUCGUAAACGUCAUGAGGAGUGUCGGAUUCAUCGAUAUCUAUAUCAAAAAGAUAAAGUGGCCCACGAAUACAUGGCCGGCAGACCCUCGAUACAAGCUUCUCGGCGAGUGGGCACACGAGAACUGCAUAUCUGGUAUCGAAGGUUGGAUCAUGGCUCCUUUGACCCGAGCGCUUGGGUGGAAGAAGGAGGAAGUUCAGGUUUUCUUGAUUGAAAUCCGCAAGGAACUCAGGGAUCGCAGUAUCCAUGCCUAUUGGCCGGCGUAUGCGCUGUAUGGGAAGAAACCCGAGGUUGAUGGACAAGAGUCGUGA